AACCAUCUGCAGGCGAGCCCUUCAGACCCGGAAAAUUUUCCCUUCGUUGUUUUAGGAAAUAAAGUCGACGUUGAUGGUGGAAACAGUAGAGUUGUCUCAGAGAAAAAGGCACGAGCUUGGUGCGCGUCGAAAGGAAAUAUUCCAUACUUUGAAACGUCUGCCAAAGAAGGCAUUAACGUAGAAGAAGCUUUCGAAUGCAUUGCGAAAAAUGCCCUCAAGAGUGGGGAAGAGGAAGAGAUAUACUUGCCCGACACGAUCGAUGUUGCAACCAACAAUCAGCGAAGAUCAUCUGGAUGCGACUGCUGAGUUCGAUACACCGAGUUUCUUCUUAUUCCAUUUCAUUCUCCAGUAUAGCAGAAGUCUUCUAUAAAGGUCUUACGGACUCAGGCUUUCUACGCGUUCCUAUUUGUACAUUUGGGUUUUGCAUUCGAACGAGUCCCGUCAUUAUCAGUUCAGUUGUGUUUGGUCUAUGAAAAUUGUGUUUACUGUCUUAGGUAUAUUCAUUAUCCGUCUGGUGAUUGAAUCUGUUGUGCCUGAGCCUCAUUUGUUGAUGACAAUCAGUUGUUGCAUAAGUUCAUAUAAUUCUUCCUUCACAGUCAGAGUUUUUGGGAUUUUUUCUUUAAGAGAACUUGUGAUUCUUGUUUCUAUGAUAGGAUGAUUCUGGUUCUUCUGUUCA